CGGAAGCAGCGCCGCGCACUUCCGGGUGUUGUCUCUCGCGGCCGCGCGCCUUGGGUCCCCCGGCCGCCGCCGCCACCGCCGCCGCCUAGGGUCUUGGAGCCAGGAACAACGUCACCGCCAUGGCGGGCAUCAAAGCUUUGAUUAGUUUGUCCUUUGGAGGAGCAAUUGGGCUAAUGUUUUUGAUGCUUGGAUGUGCCCUUCCAAUAUAUAACCAAUACUGGCCCCUCUUUGUUCUAUUUUUUUACAUCCUUUCACCUGUUCCAUACUGCAUAGCAAGAAGAUUAGUGGAUGAUACAGAUGCUAUGAGUAAUGCUUGUAAGGAACUUGCCAUAUUUCUUACAACAGGCAUUGUUGUCUCAGCUUUUGGACUCCCUAUUGUAUUUGCCAGAGCACAUCUGAUUGAGUGGGGAGCUUGUGCGCUUGUUCUCACAGGAAACACAGUCAUCUUUGCAACUAUACUAGGGUUUUUCUUGGUCUUCGGAAGCAAUGACGACUUUAGCUGGCAGCAGUGGUGAAAAGAAAUUACUGAACUAUCAUAAUUGGACUUCUUGUCAUUUGUUAGCCAUCCAUGCAAACAGGAGAUUGGGCAAUAAUGCUGAACCGUAUAGCAAGCCACUUGGGGGUGUUGUAGGUGCUCCCCUUUCACUUUUAUUGUAAGCAUACCGUUUUCACAGACACUUGCUGAGGGAUUAAAAGGUUGUUUUCUUUUGGAAAAGCUUGACUGAUUUCACAGUUAUGUACAGUAUGCUUUUUGUGGUGUCCUGCUGAAUUUAAAUAUUUAUGUGUUUUUCCUGUUCAAGUUUUUGUUAAUCAAUAUGCAGUGUUAAACAUUUUUAAAUUUAGUAUCCAUUUGCAUUGAUUAGGAAUUCAGAAUUCUGCUGGUUAUUACUGGGUUAAAGUAUUUUUUUUUCCUUAAAAUUGUUUAACCUCCAUUAAUACAAAAAGUGAUAAAAAUAAGUUUCAUUCAGUCAGGGUGACAUCACUCCUAAUUUUAUGCAAACAUACAGACUGUUGGCAUACCUUAUAGGGUAUAUACCAAGUAUAUAGCUGCAUUGUACCUCAGAGGGGCCAAGUAUUAACGCUCAAGUUCUCCAGAAGAAUUGCUGAUUUUCCCCAUAGGCAGGUAUUUUGUGAAUUGAAAGUUGUUUUAUGAACUUACUGCAAAGGAGUGCUUUUCUUCUCAAUUGUUAGAAGAAUUUAUUGUUAAACUUUAAGGUAAGGGUGUGAAAGCAGGUGUUUGAGAUAAGGUUUUUAUUUAUGUUUAUUGUAAAGUGGAAAGAGAGAGUUGCAUUAUGGGAAGAAACAAUGUUGAAAUUCCAUUUUUAAAUUCCUGUUUCUAUUUACAAGUGAAAUGUUUUAUCUUCUAUCAGCCUUUCAUGUUUUACCUUAGGUGACAUGGACAUACAUGGAACUACUGAUAAGGGAAAAUUGUGAGUUUGCAUCAUAUAUCCAAGUAAACCUUCCCCUGCUUCCUCCUUUUAACUUAUUUUAUACAUUAUAUAUGAAGUAAAAUAACUUUUCAAGUAUAGUUUCAUAACACUUAAAAUUAGAAGUGUUAAACUCACUUGGAAAGUAAUUGCUGUGCUCUACAUUGAGUGUCCCUUCCCCGUAAGACCUUGACAUGAUUAAAAAGUGACCUGUUAGUCUUACAGAUGAUUUAUGCAUUAAUAAUUUAACAUUUAGACCAUGGUAAUUGUAGUUCUUAUUCUCUAAAGUUGUAUCAUAUGUAAUUUUAAAAUAUUUAAGACAAGUUUCCUGUAUGCCUCUCAGCUGUUUUGAUUUUGAUUUCAUCAUGACAGAUCUACUGUUUCCCUUAUAAAAGGUAUUUAUUGGGUGAAUUAAUGCAAAGUAGCCAAACCCAGCUAUAUAGCAGCUUCAGAUAAAAACCUGACCAAAAAUUCCCAGUACCCAGGCAUGAUCAAAUUGUAGUGGUCAUUCGCAUCUCACAAUUGUCAAUACUUUUUUCAGAAGCUGUAUAUGAAAAUGUUCUAGUUGAUCUGACAGCAUUUUGUUAAGGAUAUUUGUUUGUAUGUUUAUUCAGUGUACUUACAUAAAAAUUAUUUUUCCUUUAGGCAAAACUGAAUAAUCAAUCAUGACAGCUAUCUUUUGUUGUUUUAUAAAGUUGAUUCCUCAAAGAAAUGGGAACAAAUUUUGUCUCUGUUCAGCUUUUCACUAAAGAUGCCUAAAGCCACAGGUUUUAUUGCCUAACCUAAGUUGCUACUUUUAGCCAUGAGCUGGGAAGCAGGAUGAAAUAUGUGCAUGGGGCUGUACCAUUUACACAUUAAGCUGAAUGGUUUACAGUGUUACAAUGAUCUGGACUCAUGGUCCCACUGAAAGAGGAAGGUACAGGUGCACAUAAAUCAGACAGAUGGUGACAACUCUGGCUGUGAUAUACUCAGUUAUUUUUUUUUUUGCAGGAAGUGCAUUCUCUGGUCCUUCUCCCUUUUCUGUACUUCCAGAAUGUCAGUGCAGUGCACUCCUGCUGUUUCUUCUCUUGGCCAUAGACUCUUUUUCUAACAGCUGUGUAUUCUUUCUCUAUACUAAUUGCAUUGGCAGCAUUGUGUCUUUGAUCUUGCACACUAGCUUGACAUAGUGCUGUCUCUGAUUUCUGGGCUAAUUCCUUAAGGUAUGAAUUUCCCAUAGAAUAUGCACUGAUACAGCAUUGCCAUUCUUCUAUGGAAAGAAAACUUUUGAUGAUGAAACAAUAAAGAUUUUAAAUAUCUA